GUGUAGAGUUACAUGAAACAGAAAGUCAUCUUUCACACUGCCAUUGCUUAACCUACAGGAGAGAGCACCACAAUGGCAGAGAAUCAGGAACUGUUCUGUUGCUCCAUCUGUCUGGAUCUACUGAAGGAUCCGGUGACUACUGCCUGUGGACACAGUUACUGUAUGGGUUGCAUUAAAGAAAGCUGGGAUCAGGAUGUUCUGAAAGGUGUCUACAGCUGUCCUCAGUGCAGAGAGACAUUUAUCCCAAGACCUGUUCUGAAGAGAAACACCGUUCUGGCUGAAGUGGUGGAGAAACUGAAGAAGACAGGACUCCAGGCUGCUCCCCCUCCUGCUCUGUGCUAUGCUGGACCUGGAGAUGUGGCGUGUGAUUUCUGCACUGGGACCAGAAAGCAGAAAGCCCUCAUGUCCUGUCUGGCAUGUCUGGCCUCUUACUGUGAGACUCACCUCCAAUCUCACCAUGAAUCUCCUGCUUUGAAGAAGCACAAGCUGGUCAAAGCCACCGCACAACUACAGGAGAAGAUCUGCUCUCAUCAUGACAAACUGCUGGAGGUUUACUGUCGUACCGAUCAGCAGUGUAUCUGUUAUCUGUGUACAAUGGAUGAACAUAAAGGCCAUCAUACAGUGUCAGCUGCAGCAGAGAGGACUGAGAAACAGAGGCAGCUGGGGAUGAGUCAGCAGAAGGUCCAGCAGAGAUUCCAGGAGAGAGAGAAGGAGCUGAAGAAUCUCCAAAAAGCUGUGAAGUCAUUCAAGCGCUCUGCACAGGCAGCAGUGGAGGACAGUGAUCAGAUCUUUACUGAGCUGAUCUGCUCCAUUGAGAGAAGGAGCUCUGAGGUGAAGGAGCUGAUCAGAGCCCAAGAGAAGGCUCAAGUGAGUCAAGCUGAAGGACUCCUGGAGCAACUGAAGCAGGAGAUAGCUGAGCUGAGGAAGAGAAGCACUGAGCUGGAGCAGCUCUCACACACAGAGGAUCACAUCCAAUUCCUCCAUAGUUAUCAGUCUCUCUCCAGUAUCAGUGUAUCUUCAGACUUACCCAGCAUCGUUGUCCGUCCUCUUCAGUACUUUGGAGAUGUGAGUAAGACUCUGUCUGAACUGAGAGAGAAACUAGAAGACUUCCUUAAAGGAGAAUGGACCAAGAUCUCAACUACAGUGAAUAUAGUGGAUGUUGUACUGCCUCCAAAGCCCAAGACCAGAGAACAGUUGUUACAAUAUUCCUGUCAACUCACACUGGACCCAAACACAGCAUGCACAUACCUCUCUCUGUCUGAAGGGAACAGAAAGGUGACCUAUACAGACCAAGUCCAACCAUAUCCUGACCAUUCAGACAGAUUCACCAACUACUGGCAGGUUAUGUGUAGAGAGGGUCUGUCUGGACGCUGUUACUGGGAGGUGGAGUGGAGUGGGGAGUGGGUUUAUACAGCAGUCUCAUAUAAAGACAUCAGCAGAACAGGGUCAGAUGGUGGAUUUGGAUACAAUAACAAGUCUUGGAGUUUACUGUACUAUAGAGGUGGUUAUUGUUUCAGACACAAUAACGUUGAGACUGAAGUAUCAGGCCCUCAGUCCUCCAGAGUAGGAGUGUACCUGGAUCACAUGGCAGGUACUCUGUCCUUCUACAGUGUCUCUGACACAAUGACCCUCCUCCACAGAGUCCAGACCACAUUCACUCAGCCCCUCUAUCCUGGGGUUUGGCUUACUGGUACUGUUGAGCUGGUUAAACUGUAGUAGGGUCCACAUAGAUACUAGUCAUGCUGGUGUAGUCUAUAGCUGAGCUGGUUAAACUGUAGUAGGGUCCACAUAGAUACUAGUCAUGCUGGUGUAGUCUAUAGCUGAGCUGGUUAAACUGUAGUAGGGUCCACAUAGAUACUAGUCAUGCUGGUGUAGUCUAUAGCUGAGCUGGUUAAACUGUAGUAGGGUCCACAUAGAUACUAGUCAUGCUGGUGUAGUCUAUAGCUGAGCUGGUUAAACUGUAGUAGGGUCCACAUAGAUACUAGUCAUGCUGGUGUAGUCUAUAGCUGAGCUGGUUAAACUGUAGUAGGGUCCACAUAAAUACUAGUCAUGCUGGUGGUGAUGGUCCCCAGAUGUGAUGAUUUAUUCUACUCUGUUUCAUCUACAAUGAUUUAACUGAUUUCAUCUUCAGAUGUUCUGAAUUAAAAUAAACAUUCAAUGUAUUCAUAUCUAUUUAAAUACAAUGUUUUAAUCGUGUACAUUUCCAUGAAUCAUGAUGUAUGGUGUUGAUGUAUAUUGGUUGUCAUUCAGAACCAUUGAUAUGUUUUCUCAGUUGGUUCUCUGUCUCUAUGUAAUUCUCCUCAGUAUCAUUGAUCAGCUUGUAGGAUCGGCCCUAAUUGAUGUGUUCUCUGUCACCUGGAGCUGCAUGGAAAAUGGUCCAGGAACAAAAGGACAAUUCAGGACUAGUCAGCCCACUACAAGCUGGAAUCACUUACUUUCUACUAAAGUAUAUGGUCUGGUUUCCCAGACACCGAUGAAUCCUAGUCCUGGACUAAAAACAUGUUCAAUGUAGAUGUCCAGGAUACCGGCCCUAAAUGUGUCAUCUUUCAUCCUCCCAUACUGCUCAGUCCAGCAACAUUAAACCUGUCCAGCAGGUGGUGCUAUUGACCAAACAAUAAAACCAGCAGAUAUCUUGACUUGCCACUCAGUAUAUCAGUCAUGUUCAGAAUAGUACUUUUAAUAUCAUUGGACAUCGAUGGUCUUUUUAAUCCACUAUCCAGAGUCAGGAACAGAUGAAGUUAGGUCUGCUACUGUUCAGUGAUUAAAUAUGAUUUAUGGUGAUGGGAAAUAAAAAAUACAACACUAAACUUCA